AUGCCACUGUCGAUCUCCUUGAUGAUGAGGAGAUUCCUGCAGCCGAUACAGGAAGAUAAUGCUUUAACAGGGAACCUUGGAGCUGCCAGUAGCAACUCCGUUCAGCCUGCCCCACCAUCUCAACCCAAGGCCACUGAGAAGCUUCCUGCGCUCAAUCAAAACAGUUUAAACACCUCCAGAAUCCCAGUACUGGAGUUGACUGAAGAAAGAAAGAGUGCUCUGCAACGACUUGCCAGUUUGAAGGCUGUGGAAAAGUUUGACACUGAGGAAAAGAAACCACAUCCUCCCUCCAAAAUCCCAGUACUGCAGAAGAAGAGGUCCAUCUGCAAUGGGAAGAGUCAAGGACUGCAUGUAGCUCCAACAUCUCAGCAGCGAGGGAAGGCUACUGUUCCUCCCAUCCGGAAGCCACUGCAACCCAUCCGCAACAAGAGGGAUCAAACCUGCGUGGUGAAAGACAUCUACCUCCAUAGCGCCAACCCAUUGAAGGCAGUCCAUGGAGCCAAAAUAGUCGCCAAGAUGCCACUGCCUCCCAUUAGAGCCAGAGUGCCAAACAAUGAUGCCAAGAAGGAGACAUUCCAGCCAGUCAGACCAGAGGGCAGCCCUCGUCCUGCUGCUUCAAAGAUCAGAAGGCAGGUUGUGAAGAAACACAUUCAGUUCAAGACACUAACUGUACAGGAUCUACCGCCAUGCCCCGAUGAGAUGGUAUGGGACGUUUUCAACUCCGAGGCUGGGCAGGUGAUGGCAUAUUUGAAGGCCAAGCUGAUCAGUGUCACCCAAGAAUUGAACCUGAUUAAGAGUGGGUCCAAGAUGGGUGCUCAGGCUUUGGAGGAGAAAAACGGAAAGGAAUUGUUCAGAAAAAAGGUGGAGAAGUACAUCCAGGAGAUCUGCCUGAUGAAGGUGGAUUCUGACCUAUGGGAGAUGAUAAGAGAUUACGAAGAAGAGGAAGGAAGGAGUAAAGAGGUGAGGAGAAAUUGAGAAGAAAGCAGCGUGGCAAGUAAGCCAAAGCAGACAGUCACGAGAUACGCUGUGAGCAAGCCAAAGGAAGUGAAGAAGGGUUUGACCAUGGAAGAGAAAAAGGAGGACGGACAGGUAAAGUAGCUUGACAUUUCAAAGCCAUGCUAACUGCUGAUCUAGUGUAGUGUUGGUGAUCACAUGCGUUUGUAUCAGAGGAGGUUGAUGGGAGGAGCUAUAGAAGUAUGGGCUCGUAAUUGCUGGAAUGGAAUAAAUGGAACGGAGUCAAAUGUGGUUUCCAUAUGAUUGUGUGUGUGAUACCGUUCCCUUUAUUCCAUUCUAGCCAUUACAAUGAGCCUGUCCUCCUAUAGCUCCUCCCACCAGCCUCAUCUGGUUUGUACAUGUUGUAUUUGUUGCCCUAGCUGCCCAUCUGAUAACAUCCAUUAAUUCAGGUGGUGUUGAAACGUCGAUUUGGGAUGAGUGCAGCCAACUCCAAGCUGAAGCAGUGUGAGCACUGCGGCCGGUGCUUUGAUCCUAGCCGCCUGGAGAAACACAGCGAGAUCUGUGCCAAGCUCUCUUCCAAUAGCUCUAGACGGGGGGUCUAUGACUCCACCAAGCACCGGCUCAAGGGCACUGUAAUGGCCGGCUACAUGAAGCGAUCUGUGGUGUGA